AUGUCCUCGAGCUCUUCGGCAUUGGACGUGCCGCUUGUAGAAGUCAUCUGCAGCUAUCCAACCCGCGAGGUGCUAUGCGCCGAGUGUCCCGCACUGCUGCUGCUCGUCUACCAGCACGUUGUAGCGGAGCUGCAGGCGGGGCGACGCGCUGUGGACGUGUUCCGUGGCACCUCUCGACAGGACCAUCUGAGCGAACUGCUCGCUGUGCGCUCCUUGUCGAAGCUGUUUGAGCGUCUUUACCCGCUGUCACAGUCUUGCAGCCUCGAUGAGAGCACUGCGGGCUCGCAGUUCUGGGGGCAGGUACGGGUGACGUUGGAGGCCGCGUGGGCCCCGCCGCACGACGCCAAGGCGCGUGCCCUUCUUACGCAGGUACGCGGCCAGCCGCGGUUCCACUUUUGCGGGCCGCACGACGCCGAGACACCCGGGGAGGGCUACCCACUGCACCCCGUAUCCCUGGAGCGGGCCUUGGCAGCAAGCAAGCGCUUUCUCCGCACUGCGAUGACCUGCGCACUGGACGGGUCAACGGAUGCCCUGGCGGGGCGGCAACCGGAACUGCGCGCGGUGCUGCAGCUGGCCCACCUGGUUCCCGAUACUCCGUCGACGGGAGCACCUCCGAAGAAAGGAGUCACGCCGGAGGGGAUCAGCUUCUGCAUGGUGUCGCUGCAGCAGCGGUGGUGGGUGCUGGUGAACGCGGCGCUGGAGCGCGUUCUGCUGCUCACUCGCGCUGUCGUGAACAGGAACGGUAGCACGAGCGCCAGCAGCGGCGUCACAAAGCCGCUUCUGUGGCAGCUGCUGGCUGUGCUGUCGGUGCUAGACACUGCGCACUACGUCUUCGCCUUCCCAGAGAGGGAGCAGGAUCUCGCGGCUCACCAUCUUCUCGCACGGCUGUCCGAGGUCGGUCUGGUGUACCCCUUACUCAGCAACGACCGCAAGUGCUUUGUCUUGAGUCCUGACUUCCUGCACGCCAUUCACUGGCACGCGAGUGCGCCGCUCUCCCUCACCUUCAACCAUCACCUCGUGCGAAGCGUUAGCGGUGCCGGCGUCGGCGACAUACGGCGCGAGGACACCGACACCAUCAUCACCGAAACGAACUUCCGUCUGUACGCCUACACCGACGAUGCCGACCUGCUCAACAUUUUGAACCAGUUCGCGGAGCUGGAGGAGAUUGUGAACGGGAAUCUCCACUGCUACCGGGUGACGCGGGACAGCUUUGCUGCCGCGAUGCGCAAGGGCAUUACUGCCGCGCAGGUGCUACGCUUUCUUUCGCUGCGAGCGCACCCCAGCAUGCUUCGCCGGCACGGGGAGCGGGAGGAGAGCGGUGACACGGCAGCGCCAUCAUCCGCUGGCGGGGUCUCCUCUUCCUUGACUUUUUCAGCGCCCCAUCGUCGCGGGGCGGUUCCGGGUACGUGUGGGGGCACCACCGCCAUUGAUGCGGUGUCGACGAUUGUGGUUCCGCAGUCCUUCUGCGACCAAAUGCGCAUGUGGGAGAGCGAGUGUCACCGCGUGGUGUUUGAGCACCACGUUGUCCUGCUACGCCACAUGUCAAUGGAGCAGCAGAAGGCGGUGACAGCGUAUUUGGCCGAUGCGGGGGAGGUCGAUGCCAUUGUGCACGCCGAGCGCGGCUACAUGGUGAUUCGUGAGGAGGUUUUCGAGCGCCUUGUCGCACCACUUCUGGGGUGA